CCCAUAAUCCACGCUGCAUACAAAGAGUUAUAGUUCCAGUGUUCAAGGAUGCUAACCAAGCUCAGAUGCUUACCAAUGAAGCCGCUCAGCCUUUAAAAAGAGUUUCAAGAUUGGCCGCAGCACUUCAAACCCCACAUCUUAGUACUCCAUGACGCAGACACUUGUCCUGUAUGAUACCCUCUCCAACCUACCAGGCAAUAACUGGUCACCCAACCCCGCAAAGCCGAGGUUCAUUUUGAGCUACAAGGGUCUUCCAUUUGUGACUGUCUGGGUCGAAUACUCAGACAUCUCGGUCGCUAUGAAGGCCAUCGGUGCAAAGCCAAACAAACGUUCAGACGGAACGGAUGUUUACCCCGUCCCCGUCCUCAGCGACCCUAACACCGGUGCCCUCAUCACUGACUCCCUCGAAAUUGCUUCCUACCUCGAAAAGACAUAUCCCGAGAAGGCCAUUUUCCCCAACAACUCAGAAUCCUUGAUACGGGAUCCCACUAGUGCGAAGUUCUUCAUCGGAGUUCGUUCGAUAGACGUGCCGCUGCCUUGGGAUGCGACUUACGGUGAAGACUGGGCCCUACUAGAGAAGGGGUACAAUACUGCGUAUGAAUGGUACCAGAAGACAGACGGGAAGUGGUUCAUGGGCGACACUUUUUCGUAUGCAGACAUCAUCGUGGCUUGUCGUUUGCUGUGGUUCAAACGAGUUUUGAAGGAGGAUGAGUGGGUCAGGAUCAGUUCUUGGCAUGGAGGGAAAUGGGCCCAACUUCUUGCGGAUGUUGAGAAGGAGUGCAAAUUGGCAUAGAAAGGCCACCGUCGUAAUCACGAAGUGCGCACCACAUGUCUGGCUUGUUAUGUGGGUCCGGGCCGCCUCGGUCAAGCCCAAGCCGACCUAUCGGACUCGUGACAAAAUCGACACCAAAAUCGCAGUGGGGACAGUACU